UUUGUCAUAACAUGUGAAUUGUGAUGAAUUUGUAAAAAACUAUAAAUUAUAUAAAAAUGGAUCAGUAAACAAAUUAUCAAGUUUCAUGUGACUUUCGGUUAGUUUAUUUCAAUCAACCAUUAAAGUUUCGUAAUGAAAGUCAACACCAAGAAUGCAUUUUAGACAAGAUGUUGUAUUACAAACAAAAUCUUUUACAAGUAUUUAUGAAAUAUUUGGACCGAAAUCUUACAAGAAUAGAGGUUCUAAAUGCACUAGAAGGACUAACAAAACCAAUCCAACUAGACACCACGCUCCCGGUACAAAGUACAGAGCUAAAGAAUUUGAAAAUGACACGUCCGAAAGUACUUAUGUGACGUGUGAGAAAUAUCAUAAUUUAAAUAAAUAUAUUAGCUUGACAUCCGAUUUACAAUCAACAAGUACUUUAUUCUACGACCUAGAUAGUAUAGCUGUUCGGCAUUCAUUUGCUGAUCUAUCUGGAAUAAGCUAUAUCAAUUGUCAUAGCAAUAUAGAUAUUCCACAUAAUCAGUCUCCAAAUGGAUUCAGAGCACCUUCACAUGCCAUUGUUCAAGAAUGUGAGACAAAUGUAAAGCCAAAUUUGCUUCCCCGAGAUAGCCUAGAAAUUACUAGUACAAAAAAGAUAGAAAAGUGUUUUCCAAAUGAUCCCGACCUAUCAUCUGAGAUUUUUCUUAAAGAUGAUGAAUUUAAUGGAUUUCCAGUCAAUGACGAAAGUGAUAGACAGUUAAACAGAAAUCAAAAGUAUUGGUCUUAUGCCAAGUAUAGAACUGAGUAUACCAAUCCAUCGCGACAGGAAAAGAAAUCUAAGAAAAAAGAACGAACUCGACAAAUUGAAGAUCCAUGUCCAUGUCAAUUAUUUACUUACACGUGUCCUUGUAAUAACGAUAAAUCCUUAACUGGAUUUAAACAUGUCAGAUCAUUAACUGAUCAAAUUACGAGUACUACAAAUAUAUUUAAAGAAGAACGAAAAGACUUUAUGAAAACACCUUUUACCUUCUCCAGAAAAAAAAAUAAGGGAAAAGAAAAAAAUAUCACAUCUAUGGAUGACAAGCCAACAAGUAUCACUUGCGUUAUUGCUAACGAUGACUGUUUUGAAAAGUCUGAACAAACGUUAGUUUGCUCUGAUAAAUAUGACAUAUCUCAGACAAGUAAAAAUCACACUGCAAGUCUUGAUAAAUCAACUUCUUCGUGUAAAAAGAGGCGCAAAUUAUUUUGUCAAAAUUGUAAAGAAAAAGUUGAGGUUUGCAGUGUUGUUCCAUCAGAAGAAGAAGAGAGUUUAAUUUACGAAGAUUCCAAUUAUCAAUCAAAAGAUUCUCCUCCUGGCCAAUCAAUUUAUACGUAUAAAACUUCGGUCAGAAAGCAAAUUCAAGAAAAGUUAAAGGUAAAAGACACAUGCCGUCAUACACCGCGUUGUGAAUUGGUGCCUCUUUGUCAAGUAUUACCUACUGAUAACAUCUUUUUAAAUUACAAAACUGUAAAAAAAAAUGACAAAAAUGACGCUCCUAAAAAUUCUCCACGCGUAAUCAGAGUUACUAAAGCAUGUAGACAUCACCCGCCGUGUACAGUGGCACCAUCAUGCCAGAGAGCUAAUAUACUUAAGAACAAUUGCGAAUUCAUACCACCAUGUUUACAUCGGCCUCGCUGUGUAAAUUUACCUUUAUGUGUUCCAAUUUCUAAGAAUUUAAAUUACGACGACCUGAAAAGCCUAGAUGAAAUGCAAAAUGAGUGUCCUCAUACACCACGAUGUAAAUAUGUGCCCGAAUGUAAGCAAUUCUAUAGUAAUCAACCGAGUAAUCAGGUCAAUGUAGCGCGGAUGCAUAAUACUUAUGGGCUUUUACGUGAUUACCAAACAACGUCAUACCCUCAAUCGAAAUCUCCGAUAGUACCACAAUCUUUUUCACCAUGCCAGAUUCACCCCAGUGGAUAUACUACUAACAGCAAUGUUCCUAGAUCAAACAAAUCAUGUCAAUGUGUCAUCAUUGAUCUACCACUUGACCCCUCUAUGAGUAAUAUUCAGGAUGCAGUAAGCAGCGAAGCUGUUGUUUUUAUUCGAGAUGUUGGAUGCCAGUUUAGGAAUAAAUAUAAUUCGAAUAUAGAUUCUAUUCGAUCUGUAAAAUCUAGCACCACAUUUGACCAGGACAAUAUAAGACUUGGCAAUGUUUACACAAAUGUCCACACACUGAGAUGUGAAGAUAAAUAUACGAAUCCGACGAGACAAACAGAGGCGUCUACUUCAUCUCUCUCCCUCACUUCCAAUUACAUGGGCACAUCAGCGAGACCAUGCGAUAGUCACAAUAGGCCUUCAGGUUUUGAUCCAAUGCCUACGAAAACACCUUUAGUUGUUUACGCAACUAAUAUAUCAUCUCAAACUAAAUAUAAUAAUGAAAAUAAUAUGGCAAAUGCGGCUUCUAUAAGAUCUCGUGUGAGUUUCCUUACUGGCAGUAAGUAUCGAAAGAUGUUUAACAUAAAGAGGAAGAGAAAAAGACGCAGCGAUGUUCAAUUAAGUUUCUAUAGGCAUGGCAGCCUAUGUUGACAAAUGAAGUGGUGACUGACUGUAAAUAUUUCGAUACAUCUUUUUUAUGUUUUUGUAAUUGAUAAAUCCAGUUUGUCUUAUGAAACCAGCGCUAUAAAUGUACGAUGUUUGUUUACGCGA